GCAGCAGUUAAGGCAGCUUCUGUCCAUGGCUGCUGGCGAGCUGGAACCUGGAAGGAAGGGAGGGUAUGGAAGGAAAUCCCGAACGCCUUGCCAUAAAUACGGCAAUCCCGAGGCAUUGAUUGCGCGACGGACACGCCCGCCCGUUAAUUCCGUGCCGCCCUUUGCCCUCUUUCAAAUUCCAUCCACCCCCCCCUCUCGUCUUCCUUCCAUCUCCAACAGCAGCGCCCGAGCAGAGUGGGUGCACGGGCCGGCCAAAGGGAAGAAGAGGGAGGCGCGGCGGAGCGGAGGGGCUCGAUGCACGCGUGCUUCCAUGGCGGUGGAGGCACCAGCAGGGUCACCAAGUCCGUCGGCAUCAUCGCCAAGAGCAUGAAGGCCUUGUCGUUCAUCAAGGUGAGGGCGGCGGGCGGCGGCGGCGGGGACCAACCGCGGCGACGACGGCCUCGGCAUCCGCACCGUUCCCCGAAGGCCGAGGAGCCGCAGGACAAGGAUGUCGCCGCGGCGGCGUCGGCGUCGUCGUCCGCGUCCUCGUCCGCCAAGAUCGCGCCGGCGCAGCCGCACGAGGCCGAUGGCGAUCGCGAGGAUCCCCUUCACCCGCACGAGGAGCAGGAGCAAGGAGGAGCGAAGCACGAGCACUGCGACAAGUGCUGCUCUCCCUUGGACGACGGCGGCGGCGGCGCUGGGGACGAGGAGGCCGCGGCGGACAGCGACCGAGAGUGGGCGGCGGAGCCGGAGCCCGGGGUGCUGAUGACGCUGGUGUCGCGCGGCGACGGCACCAACCACCUCCGCCGGAUCCGCUUCAGCGAGGACUACUUCGGCGACGCGUGGGCGGCGCAGAGCUGGUGGGCGGACAACUGCGACCGCAUCGUCGAGCUCUACAGCGUCGUCGUCCAGCCCGAGCACCCCUCGCACGGCGAAGACGACGACGACGACGAUCCGGCGGCGCCCGUCACCCCGUGCCAAUCCGAGGACGACGACCACCAACCUCCGGAUGGGAUUGGGGAGCUGGAGUACUCGGCGUCGUGCUCGGCGUCGGCGUCCGCGUCGGGAGGGUCAACCUCCAACUUCUCCGGGCCGUCCAGCGGCAGUGGGUCGGCCAACAAGGUGGACUCCCCAAUUCUCGGGCUCGUCACCGAGGCCGACAGCUCCACAAGGGCAGCCCAGACGAAGGACACCCACACAACGAAACGAGGACAGUGACACUUACCUAGAAAAUUAUACAUGCUCAUCAGCCUUAAAAAACCAGAGAAGAACUGCUGGCGACCUCUGCUGCAUCCUGACUGAAACCGUUUACAGAACGUCAGAACCGUUUCCAACGGUUGUAACAAUGCCUAACUUAUAGCUGCACACUAGGGGCCUGUUUUGUUGUGUGAUAUUUUUGCUGAAAUGUAUAUGGUGUUUUCUAUUUAGCCCAGAUUCGAAAUGGAUAUAAAACUCAAUCCUAUAAUUAUAAAGAUUAUUCAGAUUAUCAGCA